UCACAGCCCCACAUUUGAGUGUCUCCCAAAUCACAUGUUGCCAUUUCAAAAUAUUCCCUGGAAAUUCAUGCUUGUCCUAGCAUGGAUAACCCCGGCUUGCCAUGGAGGUGGAGGAGAAGGAGGAAGUUACGUGCGUGAUGCUUGCAGUGUGACUAUACACCAGGACCUUUGCAUACACUCCCUCGCCCCGUUUUCCAACAAGGCGAAAAACCACCCUGACAGAUGGGCGCGGAUAGGACUAUCCGUGACCAUCAGUCAAGUCAAGACAAUCUCGAGCUCACUUUCAAAGCUAAAACGCCAGGGCACCCUAAGAGGAAGAAGCCAGAUGGCGCUGUGGGACUGCGUCGAGUGCUUCGAGGAUGCAUUGGACAGCCUCCACAGGUCACUUGGGGUGUUGAGAAAGCUGAAUGCCAAGAAUUUCACCACACAAAUGGGAGAUGUCACAACUUGGAUGAGUGCUGCCCUGACCAAUGAGGAUACAUGCUUGGAUGGUUUUGGUAGGCCAAAGAGAAAGCAAGUUAGAUGGUUGGUAAACAAAGUCACAAAUGUGAGUUACUUGACUAGUAAUGCCCUGGCUUUGGUUAACAAGCUUGCUACAACUGGUCCUUAAUGCCUACACCAUUGAGUUACAAGUUGCAGCUGCACCACUAGCCUACUAAAGUAUUCCACUCCUAAUUACUUUUCUCUAAUACUUAUUUUAGUUUUUUCUUUUGUUAACAAAUAAGGUUGUGCUAUUGUAUUUUAGCUUAGUACUUGAUACUUGGUUUAUUCCAUUGUUAAACUUGCGGAAUUGAAAGG